CGAAAUUGAACUUCAAUAUCUCCCUUGACAACGACGCCCACACGCUUCCGCCCUCAAAUUUGACACCUAUCGCUUCUCGAAGAUCGCCGCAAUAUCACAAGCAUUGCGCCGCCAGCGACUCCGGUCUCGCGCUCUUCAGCUCCUAGUUUCGAGUAUCGCCUUUGCAUGAGGGGUACGACUGCGGUCGUCACCUCUGCCUCUGAAGCGUAGAGAUGGCGGUCAACCGGAUAAGAGGCGCCUUUGCGGUGCCCCGGAAGGGAGAGACGUUCGAGUUGAGGGCCGGUCUAGUGUCCCAAUAUGCAUACGAACGGAAAGAGGCCAUCCAGAAGACUAUCAUGUCAAUGACUCUAGGCAAAGACGUGUCCGCGCUUUUUCCCGAUGUGCUAAAGAAUAUCGCGACCGCGGACCUGGAUCAGAAGAAGCUCGUAUACCUAUAUCUCAUGAACUACGCGAAAUCACAUCCCGACCUCUGUAUCCUCGCCGUGAACACGUUCGUUCAAGACUCGGAAGACCCGAAUCCACUAAUACGCGCUCUCGCAAUACGGACAAUGGGGUGCAUUCGGGUAGACAAGAUGGUGGACUACAUGGAGGAGCCGCUGCGGAAAACACUUAGAGAUGAAUCGCCGUACGUUCGGAAGACCGCAGCGCUCUGCGUGGCCAAGCUCUUUGACCUAAACCCCCAAAUGUGCUUGGAAAACGGCUUCCUCGAGCAACUUCAGGACAUGAUCGGAGAUCCGAACCCCAUGGUCGUGGCGAAUGCGGUCACCGCGCUGGUGGAAAUUCAGGAAACGAGUCCCGAGACUAAAGCCUUCGUCGUCACGCCGGCAACCUUGAAGAAGAUGCUGAUGGCGCUUAAUGAGUGCACAGAGUGGGGCAGAGUUACCAUCUUGACCACGCUUGCCGACUACAAGGCGCAAGAUGUCAAGGAAGCGGAGCACAUAUGCGAGAGAGUCUCUCCGCAGUUCCAGCAUGUCAAUCCUAGCGUGGUGUUGGCGGCUGUCAAGGUCGUCUUCCUCCAUAUGAAAUACACCUCGCCGGAAUUGAUGAAGUCAUAUGCCAAGAAGAUGGCACCUCCAUUAGUCACGCUUGUGUCAUCUGCGCCCGAAGUGCAGUAUGUCGCUCUCAGGAAUAUUGAUCUACUUCUGCAGAAACAACCCGAUAUUUUGAGCAAAGAGAUGCGCGUCUUCUUCUGCAAAUACAACGACCCGCCUUACUUGAAACUCCAGAAGCUUGAGAUUAUGGUACGGAUAGCGAACGACAAAAACGUGGACCAGCUCCUCGCCGAGCUCAAGGAGUACGCAAUGGAGGUAGAUAUGGACUUCGUGCGACGAGCUGUCAAAGCCAUUGGCCAGGUGGCUAUCAAGAUCGAAAGCGCAAGCGAGAAGUGCGUUAACACCUUACUGGAUCUCAUUGACACGAAGGUGAACUACGUCGUUCAAGAAGCUAUCGUCGUCAUCAAAGACAUCUUCCGAAGAUAUCCUGGAUACGAGGGUAUAAUCCCCAAGCUUUGUCAAUGCAUUGAGGAGUUAGACGAGCCCUACGCCCGAGCGUCCCUUAUCUGGAUUGUGGGAGAAUAUGCAGAGAAGAUCAACAACGCCGGAGAGAUACUAUCAACUUUCGUCGAUGGGUUCGGCGAGGAGUUCACACAGGUUCAACUUCAAAUCCUCACGGCUGUGGUCAAGCUCUUCCUGAAGAAACCGGAUCAGUCGCAAGGCUUGGUGCAAAAGGUCUUACAAGCAGCGACAGCGGAGAAUGACAACCCUGAUAUUCGGGAUCGAGCAUAUGUGUAUUGGCGGUUGCUAUCGAGUGAUCCUCAAAUUGCCAAGAACAUUGUACUCUCCGAGAAACCCGCGAUAACAUCAACAAUCCAAUCUCUGCCCCCGCAACUGCUGGAACAGCUGCUCACAGAACUCUCAACGCUCGCUUCGGUGUAUCACAAACCACCAGAGGCAUUCUUGGGACAGGGUCGAUUCGGCGCAGAGGCCAUGCAAAGAGCAGCGAUCGAGGAGCAACAGCAGAAUGCGAGAGAAAAUCCUAUCGCUGCGGCUGCAGCUGCGGCGGCGGUCGCAGGUGGUCAGGCUCCACCGCAGACUAAUAUGGAAAACCUACUGGACAUAGAUUUCGACGGCUCUGCACCUGCGUCUUUACAGAAGCAACCCAUUUCCGGAGAGUCUGGCCUGGAAGGUCUCGCGGGCACACCACAACGAGUAGCGUCACCCGCAACAGGGGCCCCUGCGCCCGCUUCGACAAUGGACGAUUUAUUGGGCUUAUUCGGGGACGGAGGCGGUGGCGGAGGCCCCUCCAACACUCCUAUGACGAACGACGAUAUCAUGAAUGGGUUUGCCGGUAUGGAUCUCUCAGGAACAAGCCAGCCUCCGCCUGCAAGCCAGCAACUGGGCGGCCAGACGACGCAGAAGAGCAACCAGGAGCUAUUGGACUUGUUUUAGAGCGUGUUCGGGAGGACUAUGGUCCUGGUAUCACGCUGGAUCAAAAGCG